AUGCCCUUCAGCGUAGAUAUAGAGAGAUCCGACUCGAGGCCGUUCCCGCCAGGCACCGUGCAGCUAGAAGACCUUACUAACCAGCGACAACACGGGCGGGUCAUUUUACAACCGGUCCCGAGCGAUGACCCGAAUGAUCCGCUGAACUGGUCGCGCUCGCGAAAAAAUGCCAAUUUCGCCCUUGUUUGCUUCUAUGCUUUGAUUGUCUAUGCUAUCAUCGAUAUUGGCACGGUUGUCUAUGGCGAAGUCCACGAAGAGCUUGGCUUUUCGUGGGAAGAACUCAAUCAAUCCUUUGCCGUCUCCACUGCUGGCUUAGCAAUUGGCGGUAUCAUGUUCAUCCCCUUUGCAUUCAAGUUCGGUCGGCGUCCCGUUUAUCUCCUCAGCAUCGUCAUCAUGGUAGUGACGACCAUCUGGCAGGCGCGUAUGCAGACCCUUGGCGACUUGUUCGGGUUCAACAUAGUCUCC